AUGGCGUGCCUGGGCUUCCUCCUCCUCGUGGGCUUCCUCCUCCUCCUCACCAGCACCUCAGCCCAGGGGAAGUACGCUGUGGUCCACGUGGUGUCAGAGAACUGGAAAAAGGACUACUGUGUCCUGUUCAGCUCCGACUACAUCAGCCUGCCACAGGACCUGCACCACGCCCCACUGCUGCCCCUGCAUGACAGCACCAUGGCACCGUGGUGCCCAGGUGAGGACAGUGCCCACCAGGCCCGGCCCAGCUCCCCCAGCCAGCAGCCGCUCCGCCAUGCCACCGCCAUGGCCAUGAGGGGCAACUGCAGCCUUUACGCCGAGGGCCGGCUGGCUCAGGUCCAAGGCGCCCAUGGGCUGCUGGUCGUGAGCCAGGCCAGCUGCUGGCAGUGUGCAGAAACCACGCCUGACCCCCAGGACCCCCGCCAGGCCCUGCCACCCCUGUCCAUCCCUGUGGUCGUGCUCCGCCACGCAGACAUGCUGGACAUCCUCAGCCACACUCACGGGAGCUCCGUGGUCCGCGUGGCCUUGUACGCGCCCCCAGAGACCCUCCUCGACUACAACAUGCUGGUCAUCUUCAUCCUGGCUGUGGGCACCGUGGCCGCGGGGGGCUAUUGGGCUGGCCUAGCUGAAGCUGACCGUCUCCAGCAGCACCAGGCCCAGGGAGGAGGAGGACCUGGAGGUCAGCAGCCACUGGUGGCAGGAGAGGCCCAGGGGAGGCCCGAUGGGGAGGAUGAGGACACGGGGGUGGACUUCACGCCGGCCAUGACAGGCACAGUGGUCACCCUGUCCUGCUCCGUCAUGCUGCUGCUCUACUUCUUCUAUGACUGCUUUGUCUACAUCCUGAUCGGCAUCUUUGGCCUGGGGGCAACCACUGGCCUCUACAGCUGCCUGGCCCCACUGGCAAGCCACCUGCCCCUGCAGCUGCAUGCCUGGUCCUUGCCCAGCCACCAGGCCUGUCUGCAGCUGCCUCUGCUCUUGCUGGCUGGCCUGUGCACCACGGUGACCGCCCUCUGGGUCGCCUACCGCAAUGAGGACAGCUGGGCUUGGCUGCUGCAGGACACGCUGGGCAUGGCCUACUGCCUGUUGGUCCUGCAGCGUGUGCGACUGCCCUCGCUCAAGAACUGCGCCUCCUUCCUGCUGACCUUGCUGGUCUUCGACGUCUUCUACGUCUUCGUCACCCCCUUCCUCACCAGGACCGGUGAGAGCAUAAUGGUGGAGGUGGCCCUGGGCCCAGCCGGCUCCUUGAGCCACGAGAAGCUGCCCACAGUCCUCAAAGUGCCCCGGAUGCGGUUGUCGGCCUUGACUCUGUGCAAACAGCCCUUCUCCAUCCUGGGCUUAGGCGACAUUGUGGUCCCUGGCUUCCUCGUGGUCUACUGCCACCGCUUUGACGUCCAAAUCCACUCGCACCAUGUCUACUUCAUAGCCUGCACCCUGGCCUACGCCAUGGGCCUCCUGGCCACCUUCACAGCCGUGGUCCUCACGCAGACCGGCCAGCCCGCCCUGCUCUACCUGGUGUCCUGCACGCUGGUCACCAGCCUGGCCGUGGCCGCCCACCGCCACGAGCUCACCCUCUUCUGGACUGGCCAGGGCAGGGCCAAGGGCCCUGGGCAGCCCAUAGCAGGGUCCCACCAAAUCCCCUCCGCUAGCCCUGAGCAGAAGCAGGAGACUAUGGCCAAUGUCCCCAUGGCCAAAAAGUUUGACGAGACCAAAGACGAAAGGACAGGGGCCUUAGACAGCAGCCACGGGGAGGACAUGGCCGAGGUGGUCUCCAUAUGUGACGACGCCAUGGCCGCGGAUGGCCCCAGUGACGGUUCUGAGGGCUGGAGCGAUGCCAUCCUGGACCACGAUGAGCUGCCUGCCAAGGCCUCAGAGGAGCUGAUGCCGCAGACGCCCGUGGCCAUGGUGAUCCCGCUGGUGCCACUGCUGCCGCCGCCGCCCUCAGAGCUGGGCCCAGUGCACAUCCAGGCCCACAAGGCCAGCUUGCCCUGGUCCAGGCUCCACAAGAGGAAGGGCUGCCCAGUGAGAAGGAGCAUGUCCUCUCAGGUGCCCUUGUAA